AUGACUGUUACUUUCCCAAAGCCUUGGAGGAUGCCAUUGACUAACUAUCGCGGCCUGGAUGAUUUCUGGUGGCGUGUCUUCAAGACUACAAACAUCCUCAUCGAAAGAUUACGCGCAUGGAAGCAUAUGUGCGGAUACCUUGAAAACUACGUCAGUGCGACACACAAGGUGCAGAAAGCGCAGGCAAAGGAGUUUGAGAAGAUCCUGAAGACUGUUUCCGAGCCGUUGAAGGAGGGGCACCAUUUUGUCCAGGGACAAGGCGGAGUUACGGGGCUGUUUGAUAGUCUGCGACUCAACACUCAGGGCAUUGCAGAUGUGCAUCUCGAAACGGAGAAGAAUCUCAAAGCCACUGUCCUCCCGAUCCUCGAAAAACUGCACAGCGAGAUCAAGUCUAAAAGCAAAGAGCUCAAGCAUGGAGCUACGAAAGCCGCGAAGCUAGUCGCCAAAGCGCGCACAAAUACCCAGAAGCAUAUUGAACUGCUGGGCCAAUACACCGCUGCCUUCGACUCGCCUACAAGAGCGAAGCAUGAGGCCUCGCAUGACCCAUACGUUAUUUCACGUGGAGUUUUCCACCGGUUGAACAAGCAAAUCAAUGAAGAGAAUAACAACUUGAAGGAGAUUUUGGCAAUACAAUCCUCUUUCCAGCAGUUCGAAGCGCAUAUCCUGGAAACCGUGCAGAAUGCGCUGAACCGGUUCUUUCAAUGCAUGGGUGCGCAAUCAGAUCGGCAGCGUGCCAUGUACGCUGAUAUGGUCGGCGCGGGACAGCAGAUCCCCACGGACUUUGAAUGGGCAAACUUUUAUGAGCGAAACGAUGCAUCCUUGAUCAACCCCAACACUCCCCCGCGCUCCAUGUCGAAUAUCACGUUCCCGAACCAAGACCACCGCGCCACAAAAGCGUUGGUAGAAGGAACCCUCCAGCGCAAAUCCCGCACCAUGAUGAAAGGCUACAGUGACGGAUACUACGUCGUCACCCCCGCCGGCUUCCUCCACGGCUUCAAGGACAAUGACGACUUCCGCCACGACCCCCAGCCAGAUAUCUCUCUCUAUCUCCCCGACUGCACCAUCGGCAACUUCGACGGCCUCAAGUUCUCCAUCAAGGGCAAGGACGUUUCGAGCGGCAAGGUUGGAAACGCUUUCCACAUGAGCAGCGAAUUGCAAUUCAAGGCUCAUAGCAAGAACCAGAUCGACGAUUGGUCCAACGCGCUCGCUGGCUUCGUGGGUUCCGGUUCGGGCAGCCAGCCUGCGAGCCCGACGGUGCAGAGGAGCGCAAGCGUAACACAACCCCCCGCCGCUGCUCCUGCUGCUGCUGCCGAAUCUCCUGUCAUGCCGCCGCUGGCGGAUACCAAGGCCGUCGAUGCGACGGUGGAUCCUGCCGUACCGGCGCAGAAGCAAGAAGAAGGAGUUGUUGGCAUUGCCGGGGCGGAGAAAUCUGGUUAA